CCGCCGUUCCUGCUCUUGCACCCUAUCUCUCCUCCCGGCCACUUCGCAGGCUGUCACUCGUCGGCUUCCGCUCCGCACAUGCUCUGCUUGGCGCCUGUGACUGCUCACUAAACGCUGCGCGCUUCGUGCCUGCUGCGGCAUAAGAAGCUGCUCGCACGCCGACGCCGGUCCUCCUCCUCCCUCGCACUCCUCCGUCCCACCUCGCGCAAUGGCCCUCGCGUCCGUGCCCGCCCUAGCGGCGCGCCACAUCCAGGACUACGGCGCCGCCAACACGACGCUGCAGCCGCACUGGGGCUACGCCUCGCGUGUGCUGCCGUGCACCAACGACGCCGGCUCGUGCGCCUACCUCGACCUCGUCUACGGCGCGCACGACCGCGGCAUGAUCUACACCGGCGUGAUCUACGCCACCGUCGGCGUCGUGCUCCUCGUCGCUGCCAUCUCGCACCGUGCACGGCGGCGCGCCGCGCUCGAGGACGAACUGCAGGCCGUUGCUGGCGCCGAGAAGACGAGCCACCAAUCCAGCGUGGCGCCAGCCUCCGCUCGCCUUGCCGGCGCCGCUGCUGCCUUCUCGCGCCGGCAUCUGCUGCUCGACACGGCCAACUCGCCGGUGCUGCGCCGCAUCUUCGGCCGCACGACGCGCCUGCAGCUCGUCAUCCUCGCCGGCAUCCUCGGCUACCUGCUGCUGUGGUCGUUCCUCGGCAUGACGUACCAGAUGUGGAUCACGCCCGUCAAGUCGCGCCCGGGCCUGCACAACACGCGCUCAACGCUCGGCCCAUGGUCGGACCGCGUGGGUGUGCUGGCCUUCGCCCUGACGCCCUUCUCCGUGCUGCUCGCCACGCGCGAGUCGCUCCUCUCGCUCGCGACGGGCGUGCCGUACCAGCACUUCAACUUCCUGCACCGCUGGCUCGGCCACAUCAUCUUUGUGCAGUCGGCGCUGCACACCAUCGGCUGGACCAUCAUCGAGGUGCGCCUCUACCAGCCGCAGCCGAGCGUGGCGCGCGAGUGGAUCCGGCAGCGCUACAUGAUCUGGGGCGUCGUGGCGAUGAUCCUGCUGCUGCUGCUCUGGGUCCUGGCGCUGCCCGUCGUGAUCCGCCGCACGGGCUACGAGUUCUUCCGCAAGGCGCACUACGUGCUCGCCAUGGUCUAUAUCGGCGCCUGCUGGGGCCACUGGGCGCAGCUCAACUGCUUCCUGAUCCCCGGCCUCGCGCUCUGGUUCGUCGACCGCGCCGUGCGCCUCGGCCGCUCGGCGCUGCUGCACUACAACUUCCUCUCGCCGGAGAGCACGCGCAUGGGCCUCGCCGCCGCACAGGCCAGCAUCACGCGCUUCCCUGGCAGCGGCAGCGAGGGCGACGUGCUGCGCCUCGAGUUCGAGCACCCGCAGCAGCCGUGGCGCGUCGGCCAGCACUUCUUCCUCUGCUUCCCCGAGCUGAGCCUCUGGCAGUCGCAUCCCUUCACGCCCGUCAGCGUGCCGCGCCUCGAGGACGGACACACACGCCACGCCUACAUCCUGCGCGCCAAGGCCGGCCAGACCAAGGCACUCGCCGCCCUCGCCGAGCGCAAGCUCUCUGCCGGACCCGACGCCAAGACUGCAGUCGUGCUCACCGGGCCAUACGGACGCGACGUCACCGCCGACAUCAAGCGCUCCGAGAACGUCCUCUGCGUGGCUGGAGGCACUGGCAUCACCUACGUGCUCCCAGCGCUGCUGGCGCUUGCGCGGCGGCGGCACAGCGGCGGCGGCGCGAGCGGCGCUCUGCAGCUCGUGUGGGUCGUGCGCCGGCACACGGACGCCGCCUGGGUCGAGCCGGAGCUGCAGGAGCUGCGGCAGUACGGCGAUGUCGAGGUGUGCGUGUGCGCCACGCGCGACGAGACGAGCACGGGCACGAGCGUCGCUGCGCUGCUGCCGUCGUCGAAGGAGAGCGCCGAGCUUGAGCUCUCGGACAAGGCCAGCGGCACAUCGCUCAGCCACGAGGGCGUCGCCGAGAUGGCGCUCGGCAGCAACGCGCAGGCGCAGCGGCGGCCCGACGUGGCGGCGCUGGUGCGUGCCUUUGCCGCGCGGCAGGCUGCCGGCGCCAGCGUCGUGCUCGCGAGCGGGCCGGGCGAGAUGCUGUCGGACGUGCGCGCGGGCGUGGCGGCGAGCAACGAUGCGGCGCGCGUGUGGCAGGGCGACGUGCGGCAUGCCGUGCGCCUCGAGUGCGACGAGCGCAUGGAGUGGUGAUGGAACAGCUGUCACGCAUGGGUAUUCAAUGUCAUCGUCGUGCAAGCAAGACGUGUGUGUGCGAGUGUGUGCGGGCGGUGGAGGUCGUGGUGCGGAACGAGGGACCGAUGU